AGUGUCCACGACGACGUCAGGACCAGACUGAUCGCCAGAGGACUAGCGGUAGAACACAAGCCAGAAGCCCGGCAGCUCACACGCGUUCGGGUUCGGGUGGUGCGCAGCUAGCUUAGCUACGACUUGCAAUCGCAGCCGUCAUCUCGACGGCGUCGUCGAUGGCGAGGAAGACGGUGGUGCUGUUCCCGGGCGUCGGCGUCGGCCACCUCGCGCCGAUGCUCGAGCUCGCCAAGGCCUUCCUCCACCACGGCGGGGGCGCGGUCGACGUCGCCGUCGCGGUCAUCGAGCCGCCCGUCCUGGCGAACGGCUUCGCCGCCACCGUCGCGCGCACCGAGGCCGCCAACGCCUCCGUCGCCUUCCACUUCCUGCCCCCGCCCCCGGCGGCAACCGGUGGCGACGGCGAGCCCGAGGCCGAGCAGCAGGACAUCCUGGCACGGAUGCUCCGCUUCCUCCGCGCCACCAACGCGCCGCUCCGCGACCUUCUCCGCUCGCUGCCGUCCGUCGGGGCGCUCGUGCUCGACAUGUUCUGCGCCGACGCGCUCGACAUCGCGGCGGAGCUCGGCGUGCCCGCCUACUUCUUCUUCCCCUCGGGCGCGGCCGGCCUCGCCGUCUUCCUCGCCCUGCCCGCCAGGCGGGCCAGCAUGAGCACGAGCUUCGCGGGGCUCGGCGCCUCCGCCGUCCUGUCGUUCCCUGGCGCUCCCCCGUUCAAGGUCUCCGAGAUGGCCGAGGGGAUCUCCGACGACGGCGAGGCGUGCCAGGCCAUCCUCCGCGUCGCCGCCCGGAUGCCGGACGCCCGCGGGAUCCUCAUCAACUCCUUCGAGUCGCUGGAGCCGCGCGCGGUGCGCGCGCUCAGGGACGGGCUGUGCGUGCCGGGCCGCGCCACGCCGCCGGUCUACUGCGUCGGGCCACUCGUCUCGCCCGGCGGCGGCGACGGCGAGGAGCACGAGUGCCUUCGGUGGAUGGACGCGCAGCCCGACCGCAGCGUCGUGUUCCUGUGCUUCGGGAGCAUGGGCGCAUUCCCCCAGAGCCAGCUCGCCGAGAUCGCCGCCGGCCUGGAGAAAUCCGGGCAGCGGUUCCUCUGGGUUGUGCGGAGCUCUCCCAGCGCCGCCGGCGAGCCAUCCGACGGCGACGGCGACCUCGACGCGCUCCUGCCGGCCGGGUUCCUGGAGCGCACCAGGGACAGGGGGCUCGCCGUCGGGUCGUGGGCGCCGCAGGUGGACGUGCUGCGCCACCGCGCGGCCGGCGCGUUCGUGACGCACUGCGGGUGGAACUCGACGCUGGAGGGCGUCGCGGCGGGGCUGCCGCUGCUGUGCUGGCCGCUGUACGCUGAGCAGAAAAUGAACAAGGUGCGGAUCGUGGAGGACAUGAGGCUCGGGGUGGAGAUAGCGGCGGCGGGCGACGGCGGGGGCGCGGUGAGCGCCGAGGAGGUGGAGGCGAAGGUGAGGUGGGUGAUGGGGGACUCCGACGGCGCGCGGGCGCUCCGGGAGCGCGCGGCGGCGGCGAGGGGCCGAGCGGCCGAGGCGAUCGCGGAAGGGGGCCCGUCCGACGUGGCUUUCGUCGAGUUCCUCGGAGACUUGCUGGAGGCUUGUAAUAUAUAUAGAGACAUGGUUCCUGCUUGAAUUUAUUUCUCACUUGAUUGUAUAGUGUAUAUAUAAUAUUUCAAAAAAAAACUUUAUUGCAGUAUAAAUGGAUAUGCAGUAUUAAUGUGAAAAAAAUUAUUGUUCUCUU